AUGGGCGCUAUUUUCGAGGGAGUUUUUGAAAGCGAGGAGAAGUGUGAUGUCUACGCUGGCGGUAUCUCUUUUACGCCGGAGUACCUCACAUCCGGAACGGAGCUCGAUAUCACGGAAGCCGAUGCCACGUGCGGCAUCUUCACCCAGUCCGUGUCGGUCAAUCUCUGCCGCAUCACGGCUCAAGUUCCUACUUCGAACCGUUCCGGAUUCUGGUUUGAGGCGUGGCUGCCCGAAGACUGGUCCGGGAGGUUCCUUGCAACGGGUAACGGCGGAUUAGGCGGGUGUAUCCAGUACUACGAUGUCGAAUAUAGUGCGUCGCUCGGAUUUGCAACCAUCGCGACAAACAAUGGUCACCAGGGGUACACCGGAGCCCCCUUUCUCCACAAUCUCGACGUCAUUCAGGACUUUGCCUACCGCUCCAUCCAGAAUGGGGCUACCUCCCACGACAAGAGCUGCUACCUCGGAUGCUCUACUGGUGGACGCCAAGGGUUAAAGGCAGUCCAGUCUUUUCCUGACCUGUUUGAUGGUGUCGUAGUCGGAGCUCUUGCUAUUGCGUGGAACAACCUCACGUCAUGGGCUACUCAGUUUUAUCCUCUGCUCGGAACGCCUGAGUCUGCGACUUUUAUUCCUCUAGACAUGUGGCCUACUGUUCAUCAGGAUAUUCUGAACCAGUGUGAUCAGCUCGAUGGCGUUGCUGACGGUAUUUUCGAGUCGCCUGAUCUUUGCAAUUACAACGCCGACGGCCUUCUAUGCACUGAGGCUCAAAGCACCAGCUGCCUUACAAGUACACAACUUCAGACGCUGAAGAGUAUUUACUCACCCGUCCUGGACGCGGUUGGAAGCCUGGUUUACCCUAAGAUGCAGCUCGGAUCCGAGUUUACCGGAGCGGUGGAUAGUUACUUUUCCGGAGCAGUCUCACCUGUGUCAGACUGGUGGCGUUAUGCCAUUUUCAACGACUCCAACUGGGAUGCCAUGACUCUACGACCCGAAAACUACACUGUCGCUUCCGGCCUCAACCAUUUCAAUGUCGACACUUGGGAAGGUGAUCUAUCGGCUUUCCAGAACCGCGGCGGCAAGCUUCUCCAUUGGCAUGGUUUUGCCGAUGGUGUUCUAUCGAGCGAGAAUUCCCCCCGAUACUACGAACACGUCUCGCAAACCAUGGGCAUGAACUCAGAGGCCCUUGACGAGUUUUACCGCUUCUUCCGUAUCUCUGGCAUGUCUCAUUGCGGUAGCGGCAAUGGGGCAACGUUUAUUGGCCACCAGCCUGCAAGCACUGCCAGUCUGGUACCGGAGGAAAACGUGCUGAUGGCGAUGGUGCGAUGGGUUGAAUAUGAAGUGGCCCCUAAUACCAUCAUGGGUACCAGGUAUAUCAACGGCACCAGUGAUAGUGGUGUUGAUUUCAGAAGGAGGCAUUGCAGGUGGCCUUACCACAAUGUGUAUCAAGGCUCUGGUGAUUACAAAGAUCCUGACACUUGGAAGUGUGUGCUAUAA